UGAGCUAAAGUUGAUUGCUUUGCUUUUCGUGUGGGUUGGUUUCAGACUUUCAUACAGAAAUCUGAUAGAAUUAAAGCGAUAAUAUUAUUGUAGCACUUCAUAAACCAUUUUAACAUGUGAGUGAUGAGUUGUACGGAAAAUGAAAGUGGCUCUUUUGUCGUGUUCUUCUUGCCGGCCGUCGUUGGCUGCUUGACCAUACUUCUGGCCAGGCGGUGGGCAAAUUCGCAAGUGAGCGGCACUUCAUCGACUGCUGUGUCCAGGAGACGAAAGAUCAUUAAAGAUCCGCUUGUUAAACGGCCUCUACCGCCAAUUGCCACUAAAAUGGUGGCUCCGGGUUCCAAGAAGAGCUCUGUGACUAAACGGGCAUCAUUACCGGCUGAAGAAGAUGUGAAUAGUUCAGGCAAACGCGUCGGGCGGACUCGGGUCCCGCCAGCGCCCACGCCUGCACCCACUACAGAUGUUAAGUUAGCUGAUGGCCCUAUGCCACCAAAACACAUCCCGUUCCCAUUCAUACCCCAUGAUGGGCCUUUGUUGUUUGAAACUAUGACUUUUGUUUUCACAUUAAUAGCAACGGGAUUGCAAUUCCUUAAUCUGUAUAGAACCGCUUGGUGGUUGCCACAUUCUCAUACUAAUCAGGCAAUGAACUUCUACCUGAUCGACCCUCACUUAGUCGCUUUUAUAGUGACAAUUAUAUGCAGAAGAUUCCUUCUGUGUGUGACAUUGGCUGUUUUGAAGUACUUCCUAGCACCGAAACUCAUGCCACAUGCCACUAUAGCAGCCAGAAUGUUUAUUUUGGGCGUGGUAUUGGGUGCUCUGGCAUGGUGCACGUACUUCAUGGUGCUCAAGUACCCAAUAUUGAAAAUUUUCUUCUUGUGUUAUCCAGUCGUUAUCUACUUCCUACUGUUCGGCUUCCAAUCGGGCCCAUUCCUCGAGCUGAACAAUUCCGAGACUCCACCGAUGCACUGCUGCAGCCACGACCCCCAACAGGUCCGAGCGGAAGUGGAGGUCCUUAGGCAGGACUUCAAUCUGAGAGUCAAGAAAAUACUCUUCAAUUCCAUAGUGGGAGCGUAUUAUUCUAGUUUUAUACCGUGCUGUUUUGCACAGUCGUACCUCUACUACGAUGUGUACGCGUCGUCCCAGCAGACUGUAUUCGUGUGGGUCGGUCUGUUCGGCCGCUACGCGAGUCAGUUGCUCUCGGCCGCGCAUUGCGAUGUCGCACAUCGCAGCGCCCUGCACCUGGGCAGGUGGCAGCUGGAGACUAACUGUACAGAGGGCGGCGCGGGCGCGGCUGCGGCGUGGUCGGGCGCGCGGCUGUGGCGCGGCGGCGCGCGCGCGCAGGCGGGCGCGGCGCGGUUCGCGGCGCGCGCGCCCGCCGUGGCCGCCACGCCGGGCUGCAAGCACCACGCCAGGUUCCACAUGGUGUUUAUAAACCCAUCAGUGCUGCUGUGCGUGUUAUUAUGUCUGCAAUUAUCUCUCAUAGUGUUACAACUGUGCCUACUAUUCAGCUCUAUAACGUGGCACAACUUUAUUUCCAUAAUUAUGUUACUAUUCAUGAACUAUUACACGUUAUUCAAGAUGAUGCGCGAUUAUCUGAUAGCUUGGAAAGUGUAUAGAGCGGAAAAUAUAAUACAAGACAAGAACGGACCUAUACCGGGAUUAAAUUAAGUCAAAUUGUUCUUUUUUGUUCAGUCGCAUUACGAUGUUUUCUUUAUAUACCCUUAGGAAUAUUGAGACAUUAAAAAUCGACAUAUAAUAAGAUUAUAGAAGUGACAUAUUGUACCAUAAAUUAUACGAAUGAUGUGUGAUGUGACAUCUCGCACUGCUGACGAUUUCAGUGCAGUUAAAAAGUUGUCAAAUAAAUGUCAGAAUUGAGAAACUAGUUGAAAAUAGAACGUGACAGUUAUUUCUGUCACAUCUAAUUCUACUAUAACUUGCCGCUUCUAUACUCUUAUAUUAUUUCGAAUUCUAUGAUGCAUCCUGACUAUCGAACCAAUGUUGUAAUCAAAAUUUAAUAUGCCUGUCAUCAAUUUAUUUAUUUUUUUACGUAAAAGUACAAACCGCGCCAAAAUUUCCUUUAAUUGUUAAUUUAUUUAAUUAAUGUUUAGAGUGAAGUCGUUAUUAUCGUUUAUUUUUAUUUAUUUCUUCAAGUAAAACUAUGAAAAAAUAAUUAUUUAUUUUGUACUUAAGUUGUUUAGGAAUCGCGCGUAUAUUUAUUAAAAAAAAUCGAACAAAAAAGCUAAUUUCUUAACUAAUAACAUUGUGAAAUUGUAUAAGACUGAAGUAAUUAAAGUCAUUUCUUUAAAAAAAACAGUGGUCUAUGAGUUAACAAACGAGUGUAAGUCAAUUUUUUGUGUAAAUCCAUUAACUACCGAAAUCUUGAACAAUUAUAUCAUUAACUUGCCAUA